CUGCCUGCACCCACCUCAGCCCCUUCCUGACUUGCCUUAUUUAUUUGUUGGACGCGUCUCUGAAUGUAUCCGCCUGGGUCCCACCUCUGCCUUCGCUGCGCGCGCGCCCCUCGUGUUUCAGGGCUGACCGUGCCCCCACCCCGACUCCGCAUGUUUGCGUCUGUUUUCUCCCUUUCUGGCCCUGUCUUCCCCCGUCACCCCGACCGACCUAGGCCGCCAAUCUCGGGGCCAAAGGGGGGGUGUAUAUAGGAACGCGUUGCGGAGUCCCGCCCCGUCCCCAAGGGGAGGGGGCUUGUACAUAAUGUAACAUACAGAGUAUAGUGAAGAAUCUAUUUAAGGCGCCGCGGGGAGGGCUGCACGGCCGGGCUUGUGGUACCUGGCGAGGCGGGGGCCUCCUGCCGGCUCCACGAGCACUUUCUACUUGUGCAUGGGCUUGGUUUCUACGAAUUGCCAUUAAACAUCGCUGCACCAGCCAGCCUCCGGCCUCUCUCUGCGGGGGACGGGGCGGGACUACGGCUGGCGGGAGGCUUUGGGCUCGCGGGGAUCCGGACAGCAUCGCGCCGGGGCGGGGUUGGCGCGUAGUUUCCCGCCUCCGACGUGUUUCCGGCCUUAAAGGCAUUUCGCCCUUCCCUUUAAGACGCACCGCCCCCUCUCAGUCACUCCCAAGAUGGCGGACCUACUGGGCUCCAUCCUGAGCUCCAUGGAGAAGCCACCCAGCCUUGGUGACCAGGAGACUCGGCGCAAGGCCCGAGAGCAGGCUGCCCGCCUGAAGAAACUACAAGAGCAAGAGAAACAACAGAAAGUGGAGUUUCGUAAAAGGAUGGAGAAAGAGGUGUCUGAUUUCAUCCAAGACAGUGGGCAGAUCAAGAAAAAGUUUCAGCCGAUGAACAAGAUAGAGAGGAGCAUACUACACGAUGUAGUGGAAGUAGCUGGCCUGACAUCCUUCUCCUUCGGGGAAGACGAUGAAUGUCGUUAUGUCAUGAUCUUCAAAAAGGAGUUUGCACCUUCAGAUGAAGAGCUGGAUUCCUACCGUCGUGGUGAGGAGUGGGACCCUCAGAAGGCAGAGGAGAAACGUAGGCUGAAAGAGCUGGCCCAGCGGCAGGAAGAGGAGGCGGCCCAGCAGGGGCCUGUGGUGGUGAGCCCUGCUAGCGACUACAAGGACAAGUACAGCCACCUUAUUGGCAAGGGGGCGGCCAAGGAUGCAGCCCACAUGCUACAGGCCAACAAGACCUACGGCUGUGUGCCCGUGGCCAACAAGAGGGACACACGCUCCAUUGAAGAGGCCAUGAAUGAGAUUCGAGCCAAGAAGCGUCUGCGGCAGAGCGGGGAAGAGUUGCCACCUACCUCCUAGGGACCCCAGCUCCCUGGGGCAGGGCAGGGGGCAGGCAGGGACGAGGCUGCUGCUAUUAGAAUCCAUCCUGGAACCCCACCUCUGAACCACCUCCUAACAGCUAUUGCUCAGGCUGGGGGAAGCAGGUGUUUGAUUUGUCACUGUUGGAGCUUGGAUAUGUAUGUGUGUGUGUGUGUGUGUGUGUGUGUGUGUGUCUGUGUGAAUACACAGGUGGGUAUUUAAUCUGUAUUAUUCUCCAUUCUCCCUGGAAUUUUCUUCCCCGUGGGGCUGGGGUUACUUUACAUUCAAUAAACACUGUUUGACCCAA